AUGGGCCAGAAGCGUCGCCGUUUGGCCUUGUCCUGCGUCGCCUGUCGUCGUCGGAAGGUCAAAUGUGACAGAACCUAUCCCACUUGUGUCCGCUGUCAGAAAGGAGGUGUUACUUGUGACUAUGUCUCUUAUACAUCGAAGCAGGAUAACACUCUACCUACGCCUUCCGAGGAGAGUCCACACCUCCAGAGAGAAGCAUCCGUUACUUCAUGGACUGAGGACGCAAACGUAUGGCACGCCCGCUCCCAGGAGCACGAACAUGUCCGCGCUCACAACGAUGCCACCAAUUCUUCCACUGCUCAACCUCGACUCCAAACCCGGACGAUACAGGAGCUCCAGACACGGGUCUUUGAACUUGAAUCCUAUGUGAGGGCGGCAGCAGGAUCACGACCUAUUUCAUCCGAGAAGUGUCUGGGCAUGGGUCAUCCUACGGGUUCUGGUACAUCGACCGACAAGAACGCACUCCAAGAUUUUGAACGGGCUCUUCUGCGGGGAAAGAGCUUCAAGACGCAAUACUUUGGCCCCAGCCAUGGUGCUAGCUUGCUUCUACAAUUUGAGGAGCUUUCUCGUAUGGCCAAAGAUACCCUGCAGCGGCUAUCAUCCCUCGACAAGUCAAGAUAUGCUUUCAAGCUCCAACGACACGAUGUCAGCUCGUCGUUGGUGCUGCCUGACUUCGAAACCCUGGUGUCAUUGGUUCCGGAGCGGACUCGUGCGGAUGCCCUGGUGCGGGAAUACUUUGAAACCUUGGAGACCACGCACAGAGUCCUGCAUGCCCCGACUUUCUUUCGCAGAUACAAAGACUUCUGGGCCUCCUCACCAGACUCUUCGGCGGCUUUUCUGGUACAACUACUCCUUGUCUGUGCCAGUGUCAACAGCGUUGUCCCCGGUGGAGCUACGGGUUUCAUUGGCCGAAACACCGUCGCUCGCGAUACAUCGUUGAAGUGGAUCGAAGUGUGUGAGAGCUGGCUCGACUUGCAGAGUCAGAAGCAUAUGACGCUUGACGUGUUUCAGGUACAAGUGCUGCUCGUGAUUGCAAAGAGAUUGAAUUGCGUCAAAGUCAAACGGGAGUGGACCGUUGCCGGCCAUUUGCUGCGACUUGCAAUGUCCGCUGGUCUGCAUCGAGAACCAACAUUCCUGAGCAAGAAUAUCGGUGUGUUCGACCAAGAGAUGCGGAGAAGACUGUGGUUCACCAUUUUGGAGCUGGAGACUCAAGCGAGUCUGGAUCGUGGGAUGGGUGCCAGUCUCGGCCCUUUCGACUGGGACACUUUGGCGCCAUUGAAUAUUCACGACGAAGAUUUUGACCCAUCGACCGAAAAGAUGCCUCCUGCUCGGCCGAUAACCGAAUUCACCCGCACCUCGUUCCUCUGCCUGGCACAGCAACACUUACCUCUUAGGCUUGAGAUGUUAUCCAGGAUUAACAGCAUCCGAGUCACUCUCGAGAGUGAGACUGCGGUCGAACUCGAUCAAAGAAUCAGGCAGCUGCUGGACAAUCUUCCGAAAUGGUCAAAUAAUGCGGCCCAAGCCAUGUCACAGGCUCUGUCGGAACUGCUUCUUUAUGAAUUCCUCCUGCUUGUGCACCAGCCGCUCGCGGCGCAAGCUGGUGCACAGGCACGGCACUUUUACUCACGAGCAGCCCUACGCAACGCAGCUUUAGCGACGAUCAAAACCUACACCAAAAUGCGACCGAGUACAUCCUCGACUUUGACGAGUCUUCGAGACGAUCUCUUCCGUGCGGGUCUAUCCCUGUGCCAUGAUAUCGUCGUCUCCGUGAGCUCGAAAGAGGAAUUGAUGCAAGAUAAGACCACGGCAAUGCAACUCAUUGACCAGGCCGUGGACAUGAUGGAAAAUCGAAUUCGAAACCUGGGACAAGGAUUUCACUCAUAUUGGCUGACAUGCAGUGCCCUGGGACUGGUGCGAUCCAAAACUUCGCCAACGAAAACGGCGGACGAGCUUGCACAAGAGACGGCCGACCGCGUGAUCAGGCUUCACGAUUACAUGAUGGCCCAGCAAAUAGCACCACCUGGUCAACAUAUGGGCAAGGGGGUGGAAGACGUUGCGAUGAGUGCUGCCAAUACACUGGAAGGGGUGAGCCGCCAGCCCGCUCCCAGUCAUCCUUUGCCAGAAUUAGAUCCUUUCACGCCAAUAGGGGGCUCGUUUAAUACGUUCUCAGAGACAUUGUUCGAUUUUGACAUCACGGAUAUCUGGAACCUGGACGGAUCCACACAUUUUCAGUGA